AGGACUUUAGCUGUUUUUAUUUGUUGUAGGAUGAUAAUAUGAAUCACUGGACAUAUGACAGAAAACAAAAACGCAUAAUGUGUUGUCUGUUAAGAGUUCUGAGUUCUGCUUAACGACGCUGUACGACAUAUCGACGCUUGUCCCCUUUUAGAGACAAGGCUAACGUUUAAUGUCGUUAACAUACAUCAUAGCCAAAUUUAUUGCUAUUUUUAAGUUUGACUUGUAAUUCUCUUAGCAUGCAACUGUAACUGUUCAUCUCUGCUGAACCGUAAACCCAGCUCUACAUUAUGAGUCAUGGAGGGUCCUGGUGUAACCAAAGUGGUCCUCCUGGCCUGCGGGUCCUUCAACCCCAUCACCAACAUGCACCUGAGGAUGUUUGAACUGGCUCGAGAUCACCUGGAAGACACAGGUCAGUACAGCGUGGUGAAAGGAAUCAUCUCUCCAGUGGGUGAUGGCUACAAGAAAAAGGGUUUGAUUGAGGCCGGCCACCGCCUGGCCAUGGCCAGACUGGCCACAGAAAGCUCAGACUGGAUUACAGUGGAUUCCUGGGAGGGCUUGCAGCCAGAGUGGAUGGAGACCGCUAAAGUCGUUCGGCAUCACUAUGAGGAGCUGUUGGCAGCAGAGCAGAACCACGAUGACGUGGACACCGUCAAGUAUGCGAAGAAGAGACGCAUAGAAGAGAAGUACAUUGAGAGUUCAGCUCAGCACAGAAGGAGAGACGGCCCUCAGCUGAUGCUGCUGUGCGGGGCCGACGUCCUCGAGUCCUUCGGGGUUCCCAAUCUGUGGAAGCAGGAGGACAUCGACGAGAUCGUGGGCCGCUACGGUUUGGUCUGCAUCACCCGCAGCGGCACGGACCCGCACAGGUUCAUCCACCAGUCGGACACGCUGUGGAAGUACCGCAAGAACAUCCACAUGGUCAACGAGUGGGUGACCAACGAGAUCUCGGCCACCCACGUGCGGCGGGCCCUGCGCCGAGGCCGCAGCAUCAGGUACUUGCUCCCGGACGACGUCGUUCGCUACGUCCGCGAGCACGACCUGUACAGCGCCGAGAGCGAGCAGAAGAACGCCGAGGUGGUCCUGGCGCCUCUUCAGAGAUACACGGGCACUUCCUCCAGCUGAAGAUGCUUCCCUGUAGGUUUACUGUGAAUUUAAAACGAGUCAGACGGCGUUUGGUUCAUUUAUUUAUUUGAGCUUCCAACGAGUGCCUAGACCAACCUUUUCUUAAGAAACGUCUCUGAGUGUGAUGGUGCAGGGACAGUUUCACUUGAGUACAACUUGUGUAUGUGUGUGUGUGUGUGUGAAUGUGCAUGACUCUAAAACAACAACAAAAAAACAUCAACUAGCUGCUAUUAUUACAGAUAAAGCUGGCGUGUGCUUAUUUAACUUAGGAUUCACUGUUCAUACAUGAUCUUUCAUCAAGAACAAAUUCAUGGAGACGUGCUUCAACACAGUUUCAGUUUGCACUACACAUCUCUGCUCUCGGGCAUGUUUUUUUUUUUUUUUUUAAUCUAGAGCAGGAUUUUUUCUACCUUAGGUGAGAGAAGCUUUAAUCACUAAUGUUGCAGAUUUCAGAUUGAAGCUGUGAUUUGUAUCGUGCUGGAAAUAAACGAUUUUUCAACCUCUGGA